GGUCCUCUUUUGCGCGAACGCUUGAUGCCGAGGCGGAGAGUCAUCUGCGCGCGGUUGCAUCCAGCUCUCAUAUCUAGUGCAUCUAAAGGUGUGCGAAACCGUCAAGGUUUGAAGUGCAAUGGCGUCCUCUGGAGAUAUUCAGGUUAAGGAACUAGACAAGCGUGCCUCAGGACAGGCUUUUGAAGUCAUCCUGAGUCCAUCGGCCCCAGAUGCCAAGGGUGAAUUUCCCCUGUCCACUCCCAAGAAGAAGGAGGUAUCUCUGGACGAGAUUCAGAAAAAACUGGAAGCGGCAGAGGAGAGACGCAAGAACCACGAGGCAGAGGUCCUGAAGCACUUGGCUGAGAAACGAGAGCAUGAGAAAGAGGUCCUUCAGAAAGCAAUGGAAGAGAACAACAACUUCAGCAAGAUGGCAGAGGAAAAGCUUAACCAGAAAAUGGAAGCCAACAAGGAAAACCGCACAGCACGCAUGGCAGCUAUGAAUGAGAAAUUCAAGGAGAAGGACAAGAAGCUCGAGGAGGUACGGAAGAACAAAGAAACGAAAGAUGAGGCCGAGGGUGACAACUAAGGGCCCGCUUUCAUUUUCCUUUUCGUUUAGGGUAUAGUAUUGGGUUUUUUAAUGUAUCCAAAGAUUUAUUUUUUGUUCCAUUACAUGGCCAGUUUCCCGUGUUUGGAUUCAUGUACUUGCCACUUUUUUAUUAAGGGGUUUCGAUGAAAAGCUGGUGCACAACAUACUUUUCAUCAGUUUGUGUGUAUUCAGAUGUCUUUCAUCAUCCCUUCCAACCUGUAGAUUUGUCCAGCUGCAGCUCUAUAGCCUUUAAAAGAGCCGUGUUUUACUGAUAGGGAAGCAUGCCUGUGUUAUGCAUAGGUCUAAUAUAUACUUGGUAUAUUGCAUUGUGCAAGUCUACCUGUUUCCUUGUAUGUCAAUUUGAGCUUAAUAAAGUUGCACAGUUGUUUGUUAUUGUGUCAGUUUUGCCGCUGCCUCUUUGUUAAGCAGCCAGUCAGUGUAAUAUGAAGUAAAGUAACUUCAUGAAAUGUGGGCACUAUGGAGUUUAAUAGCAGUUCAUUCUAUAUGGAAAUAGGUUUUUGGAAACUUUUUGAUAUGCUCUUUGUAGUCUUAGAGUUAACACUAAACAUUUUGGCAUCCACAGUUAUUUCUUAUUCAUACAUUUGUAGUGAUUUACGCCGAACAAAACCAUCUGUUGUGCUCCUGUGAGAAAUUUGAUGUUAUUUAAAAGAUUUGAAAGUAUACAAAAAUCUUUAUUAUGUGUUCAACAGUCAUACAGAAAGUCUGCUAUGUUGCAACUGUUUCAUUGCUGUAGCACUGAGCAAAAAGAGACUGUAUGUGAACUGUACUGACAUCUAGUGGUUAUAAGUUUGUCGACACGGUAUUAGAAAAAACGUUUCCAAAAGCAUCUCUCCAAACGACUUUAGUAAUGCUAAAAUGGUGUUUGUUUGUUAAAAACAGUGUAAAAACCUGCAUGCAAAUGUAUGGCAGUUGUAAAACAGCUUUGCAAUCCACUGUGAUCAAUGGCUUGUUGUUCACAUGCUGUCACAUGCGUUCUGAAAUAGUGCAUCGAUCUGUUCUAAGAUGAAUUAUACCAUAUUUCCAAAUUCUUAACUCCCUUAGUAGAAGCAAUUACAUGCAUCCAAAAAAGUACAUCAUGUCUAGUAACAUGUUGUAUGAAUACAUGUUUUUCUAAGUGAAUAAAAUCAAAAUCGAAUCA